AUGCUCCGAAAAACUUUCUCCACUUUGGUCCGAAAAAAUUCUGCUACUUUGCAAUCUUCCUUAUUGCUUUCUUCUAUCUCGAAACGAUGUCGAUUUAGUUCAACAUCGAGCGAUCCUAUCUUAUCAAGUUUUGACGCGAUUUUACUGGGUGUCUAUAAGGAUGGGUCACUCACCGAUACAACGGCUGAAGUAAUUCCCAAAGACCUCCAACAAACUAUCAAAGAGAAACUUCGGUUUUCCGAUGCUAAAGGAAAAUUAGGUGAAACAAGAUUGUUCUACGGUCUUGGUGGCGAAAAUUUUCCAAAGAAAAUUGCGGUCGUUAACCUAGGUGUUGAUAAAAACGCCGAUGAAGAAGAAUUCGAGGUUUUGGAGAGAGCGCGUAAAGCGGCUUCGAUCGGGGUACGCUCCUUGCGUGAAGUAGGAGCUAAGAAUAUCGGUGUUGAUGUGAUGAUUCAUGAACACGGCACAGCUGAAGGUGCGACACUUGGAUUGUAUAGAUUUGAUGGCCUCAAGUCUGCCAAAAAUCAAAAGUCUCCAGUGAGCAUUGAACCUAUUGGUUCACUAUCAACAAAGGAAUUGUCAUGGAAUACGGGACUAAUUUAUGCAUCUGCCCAAAAUCAUGCUCGCACCCUUGCCGAAACGCCCGCAAAUCAUAUGACACCAACCGUUUUUGUUGAAAGCGCAGUAUCACUUUUGCAAGAUAUUCCCAAUGUGGAAAUAAGAGUUCAUGAUAAAGAAUGGGUAGCAGAAAAAGGAAUGGGUUCUUUCCUUUCGGUGGCUAAGGGAUCUGAUGAACCAUUGAAAUUUUUGGAAAUCCAUUAUAAUGGUGGCGAGAAAGAGAGUAAGCCACUAGCAUUGAUAGGAAAAGGUGUAACUUUUGAUUCUGGGGGUAUUUCCAUCAAACCGUCAGCAAAGAUGGCGGAAAUGAAGGCGGACAUGAGUGGUGGUGCUGUGGUCGUAUCAGCAUUGUUUGGCAUCGCUAAACUCGGAUUUCCUAUCAAUGUUAUCGUUUCGAUCCCAUUAUGUGAGAACAUGCCAUCUGGUCGUGCAACCAAACCUGGUGAUGUUGUUAAAGCAAUGAAUGGGAAGUCAAUUGAGGUUGAUAAUACAGAUGCGGAGGGUCGUCUCAUUCUUGCUGAUGCCCUAUAUUAUACUAGCUCCACUUAUCAACCACAUAGCCUAAUCGAUGUUGCCACUCUAACUGGCGCAAUGUAUGUUGCUUUAGGAGAGAUUUAUUCGGGCGUUUUCACUAAUUCCAACAAACUAUGGGAGCAAUUAUCACAAGCUGGUAGAACUGCCAACGAUCCUUUUUGGCGUAUGCCUCUGGAUGAUUCAUAUAGUAGAGCUCUCAAAAAAUCAACCGUAGCGGAUCUCGUGAAUGUUGGGGAUAGAGGAGGAGGUGCUUGCACAGCCGCAAUAUUCCUGAAGGAAUUUGUAAGCGGCUUAACGGAGGAUGACAUGGAUGAAUCCGACGAAUUCGAGAAACCUCUAAAUGCAUUAGAUGCUGACGAUGAAAGUAAGAUCCGUUAUGCUCAUAUCGAUAUGGCGGGAUCCAUGCAGACCACGCAAGAUUCGGGAUACGAUGUGAAAGGAAUGACGGGACGACCAACUCGUUCAAUAAUUGAAUUUGCUAGAAUCAUUUCAGAAUCAAAAUUGACAGAACAUCUUUGA